AUGGCAGUAACUAAUGAAAGUCACCCAGAAGAGUUCAUUCUACUAGGCUUUGCUGACCAUCCUUGGCUAGAGCCCCCUCUAUUCAUUAUUCUUCUGAUCACAUACCCCAUGGCCAUGAUGGGAAACAUCGCCAUCAUCCUGGUAUCCAAGUUAGACCCCCAUCUCCACAGCCCCAUGUAUUUCUUCCUCACCAACCUCUCCUUUUUGGACAUGUGUUAUACCACAAGCAUCGUCCCUCAGAUGCUGUGUAACCUGGGAAGCUCUAAGAAGACCAUCAGCUAUCUGGGAUGUGCAGUACAGCUUUAUAUCUUCCACUUAAUGGGGGGCACAGAUUGCCUUCUUUUGGCCAUUAUGUCCAUUGACCGCUAUGUGGCCAUCUGCAGACCUCUGCACUACACCCUCAUCAUGAACCAGCACAUCUACAUCCUAUUAGCAUUCACUGUGUGGCUGAGUGGAAUUACCUAUGCUGUUUCAGAAGCCACUGUCACAUUACAGUUGCCAAUGUGUGGCAUCAAUAAACUUGAUCACUUGUUGUGUGAGAUGCCAGUCAUGAUAAAGACCGCCUGCGGUGAAAAGGAAGCUAAUGAACUCACACUCUCGGUGGUAUGCAUUUUUAUGUUAGCUGUUCCUCUGUGCUUAAUUCUUGCUUCCUAUGCAAGUAUUGGACAUGCUGUACUUAAGAUCAAAUCUUCUGAAGGAAGGAAAAAGGCCUUUGGGACAUGUUCCUCUCAUCUCAUUGUAGUUUUCUUAUUUUAUGGCCCAGCUAUUAGCAUGUACCUUCAGCCCCCCUCCUCCAUCUCUAGGGACCAGCCCAAGUUCAUGGCUCUGUUCUGUGGAGUGGUGACUCCUACACUCAACCCCUUCAUCUACACCCUGAGGAAUAAGGAUGUGAAAGGGGCAUUAGGUAAGCUAGUGAGGAGCAUUUUUCUGUUCAAAGUAGUUACCAAAUUCAUUAUGUUGCUACAACAAUUAGAGUAG